AUGGCAGGCCUCUUCUUUGCCGAGGAACCCUGUCUCGAAUCACACGGGCUGCAAUUCGCUAAUUGUUGGUUGCUUGCCCGCCCUCGCUGGAUGAGCACCAUCAGCGACACGGUGGCACAGGCCAGUCUGCAAACGUGCCGAGGAGAGAGCGGUGCUGCUCGCGUUGCCCCAGCUGACCUGAACACGGUUCUAACGAUUGUCAUCGUGACCUCUCCGGUCAUCUCGAACCCGUCCACGGAGAUGUUAGACAGGCUCGUGGCUUCGCUGCUCAGGCAUUUGCCCGGGGCCGCCGAGUGCAAGCUGGUCGUUGCGUGCGACGGCUACAGCGUCGGGGCGCACGACCCGGGCAGGCGCAAUUUCGGGGUCGUCAGCGCCGAGCAGGCCUCGGACUACGAGGCCUUCAAGGCGAGGCUGCGGGGCCGCCGCUGGCGCGGCGCGGUCGUGGAAGAGGCCGCGGCCUGGCGAGGGUUUGCCCUCAGCUUGCAGUCUGCGAUUGAGAUGCACGUGCACACUCCCCUGGUGAUGGUCUGUCCUCACGACUACGAGUUCCUGCACUCGGUGGACAUGCCCAGAGUCUGCGGCGUGCUGCUGGGGCGCCCCUGUCAGGGGCGCCCCCUGGCCGAUCCUGGCCAUACCAGUGCCGGGCAGGACCAGGGCACUCCCGUGAGCCCGCGCGUGAAUUACAUUGGUUUCUGCGCAGGCAAGCAGGUGAAGAGGUCGCUGCCCAAAGCCAAGCAGGGCUACCCGGACGAUACAGGCACCGUCAUGAUCGAUGGACUCCAGUUGUCCCCAGUGUUGGCCUGGAAAGAGAACCCCCACGUGGCAACAGUGGAUGCGUACCGUGAGUUGGUCUUCGAUGCUGUCCCUGGCAGUGGUUUCCGCGUGGGCGAGUUUAUCGAAGACCGCCUCGGGAAUUGGAUGCGCAGGAUGAUCAAGGAGAAGGGUAUGCAGUACCACCGAGAGAAGUAUUGCAUGUACUUGCUGAGUCCGGCUGUGGCCAACCCUGCCGACUCCGCAGAAGGUUCACAAUGCCCUACUUUGUACCACAUGGACGGCAGGUGCUACCGGCCAGUUGCCGAACGGUUGAGGUUAGGCUGGAAGGUUGCUGCAUGGGAGGUCGAGCGAGUGGAUCUAUCCGACGCUGUUUUACAGCUCCGCUUGGAAUGCGGCCCUGCCUGA